AUGUCCCAAUUCAACAUUGGACACUUCUCUUCAUUCUUUCAUCGUGCAUGGAAUCUCGUUUAUACAUGGGUAUUGAUAUGGUUGUUCAAAUGGUUCGGUUUGAAAGAAUUAUAUAUUGCCAGGCAGUUACUUUUCUCUUCUAACCGGAGAGAUAUGAUUAGUAUGUAUGCAAUACAGAGACUCUUCAUGAUACUGCAAUUUUUUCUUGGUGAAUACGUGGCAUUCGUAAUGGUAACGCAAAUGUUUUGCAUUGCAUUGAUGGGUAAAGCAGGUCAUUUGUACAAUGUCUCAUCGGGUGUACGACUCGGUAAUCUAGGUAUCUUAUAUCGAGGCUGGAUGUGGAAAUAA